UCCCGCGUACGCGGACGCUGAGCUCGCGAUUCGGACCACACGUAGGAAAAAAAACUGACUUUCGAUUUUAAAAAAGUGCUCCUCGUUCCAAUUUCAAACUUUUCGUGUUCUGUGUAUGUUUGUGUGAAUUGUUUAUUGUCAACAUGGGGACUUAUAAAACGCUUAGGCGUGGUCUUCUACUGUUAGUAAUAUCAUCAUGUGCGCUGGCUCAGAGCAAGUCAGACGACCUACAGACAGUACCCAGUGACCUCAGAAGAGCAGUGAGCGAAGCGAUAGCUUUAGAAAGACGAUUCCUGCAGGGAGCUAGAGACGAAAACUGUUCGUCAGCGGAAGACUCCGUCAGCAGUACGCCGUGUCCGCCAAGCAAGUACCGCAGCGCGUCGGGCGAGUGCAACAAUGUGCGACACCGCCCGUGGGGACGACGGGGAGACGUGUUCCUACGACUACUACCUACCAACUAUGCAGACGAUGUCUCCAAGCCCAUGGAGCCGCCGCGCGUACCAGAGCCGACGCUGGCGGUCCUCGCAGCGGCCCAGCUGACGCAGCCAGCUGACCACGACUACGUGACCAGCAUGCUGGCCGCCUGGGGACAGCUGCUCAUGGACGAUCUCAUCGCCACACUCAACGGGAACAAGGACUGCCACGGUGCUCACUGCGAAUACGUCCGUUCUGCCCCGACCAGAAACAUCGAUUCCUGUGGAUUUGACUCUCGUGACCAGAUGAACAUGGCCACAGCCUUCCUGGACGGUUCAGCUCUGUACGGCAGCUCUGAGAAAGAACUCCGGUCUCUACGAUUGUACGACGUUGGCAAGCUGGACCUCGCCUCUUGCAGAAAAUGCAACGAACCCACCCCCACCGCCCCCCUCUACAAGGCCCUGCUCUCCGAGCACAACCGCGUGGCCGGCCAGCUGUACUCCAUGAACCCUUUCUGGGACGACACGACACUAUUCUUGGAGACACGACGAGUCAUCGCUGCUGUCAUUCAGCAUAUCACUUUCAAUGAGUUCCUGCCGGUUCUUCUAGGAGAGGUGGGCAUGGCUAAGGCUGAGCUGAAGUUGACUUCCCUUGGAUUCUGGCGAGGAUACUCCAGCGCCAACCGCGCUGGCGCCUACUCUGAGCUGGUAGCCGUAGCUCCUGUCUUCGAAGCCAUGAUGAACGAGAAACUGAUAAACGCCACCAUAUCCGUCAAAGACCUAGCCGACACCAGCGCCAACCGCGUCUCUCGCUUCUCAUCCUCCGCCACCUGGGACCUGAACAGGUCUCGUGACCAUGGAGUAGCCUCGUACCUUCGGGCCCUCAGGCUGUGCGAGCCCACUGUUGGAGUCAAGUCUUAUGCGGACUUUGACAAGUUGGGCUUUGAUCGCGCGCAGCAGGAGAUGCUGGCGAGCAUGUAUAGGAACCCAGAAGAUGUGGAGCUGAUGAUUGGUGGUUCCUUGGAGAAGGCAGCGUCCGGAGCAGUCAUUGGAUCCACCAUGGCCUGUGUUCUGGCUCUUCAGUUCGCAAACCUGAAGAAGAGUGACAGAUUUUGGUAUGAAAACGACAUCCCUCCUUCUUCGCUGCUGCCGGAACAAUUGGCUGCCAUCAAAAAAGUAACUCUCUCUGGACUGCUCUGUACUGUCGAUGAUUCUUUGAGCGAAAUACAACCUAAGGCGUUCGUCAAAAGGGAUCCAUUCCUAAACGCAGCUCAAGACUGCUCCCAGCACGGCCGCAUGGAACUCGAAGCGUGGCGCGACGAAUCCGGAGCUAAAGCUGCCGAGCGACUGUCCCAAGAUAUGCUAGCUGCUGCCCUUGAGAAGGCUAAGCAAGAGAUGGCUGAUAGGAAGAAGUUGGAGUACAUGCUGUGGGAAGCUCGUGGUGGAGCUGACCCUCAUUCUCCCGUGGGAACCGCUGCCUCGUUCUCCAAAGCAAAUAAAUACGCAUUGAAGCUAGCCAACACUUCACUGUUCUUCGAAUUUGCUACCAACGAAUUGCUUAACUCCAUCAACGGGCCUGGCCACCGCCGCAAGCGCCAAGUAUUCGACGACUCCCUCGGCUUCCCGACUUCCACCGACUUCGCCGACGCCCUCCAGUCCGUAGACGUGAGCGGAAUCCUUGGACAAGACCAACUCGGCCCGGUCAUUGAACCCGAAUGCGAUGAGAACAGCCAGUGUGACGCGGAUAGCCCCUUCAGGACUUACACUGGACACUGUAAUAACCUGAGGAACCCGAAUUUGGGAAAGAGUUUGACUACUUUCGCGAGAUUGCUGCCUCCUGUUUAUGAAGAUGGUGUCAGUCGUCCCCGCAUAAACUCCGUAACCGGAACUCCGCUGGUCUCCCCGCGUAUCGUGUCAACAGUGAUCCACCCUGACAUCUCCAACUUGCACACUCGAUACACACUGAUGGUGAUGCAGUUCGCGCAAUUUGUCGAUCACGAGCUCACUAUGACCCCUAUUCACAAAGGUUUCCACGAGUCCAUCCCUGAUUGCCGGUCCUGCGACUCGCCGCGCACGGUUCAUCCCGAAUGCAACCCCUUCCCUGUGCCACGGGGAGACCAUUACUACCCUGAAGUCAACGUAACCUCCGGAGAGAGACUGUGCUUCCCGUUCAUGAGGAGUUUACCUGGACAACAGCAACUUGGACCGAGAGAGCAAGUGAACCAAAACACGGCCUUCAUCGACGCCUCAGUGAUCUACGGAGAGAACCCCUGCAUCGUGCGUAAACUGCGCGGGUUUAACGGUCGCAUGAAUGCCACCCAACACCCGCUACUUACCAGGGACCUGCUGCCACGGUCUGACAGCCAUCCUGAGUGCAAGGCCGCCAGUGGCUUCUGCUUCAUUGCUGGUGACGGGCGAGCAUCAGAGCAGCCAGGCCUCACAGCCAUCCACACGAUGUUCCUCCGUGAACACAACCGUAUUGCCGAGGGCCUGAAGGGAGUCAACCCCCACUGGGACGCGGAGUUGAUCUUCGAGCACACCAGACGUAUUGUCACUGCUGAGUUCACGCACAUCAUCUACAACGAGUUCCUCCCGAGACUGUUGUCGUGGAACGCUGUCAAUCUUUAUGGAUUGAAGCUGCUGCCUGCUGGUUACUACAAGGAAUACUCCCCAACCUGCAACCCAGCCAUCGUGACAGAAUUCGCCGCCGCUGCGUUCAGAUUCGGCCACUCACUGCUGCGGCCGCAUUUGCCCCGUCUGUCGCCUACGUACCAGCCCAUUGAACCCCCGAUCCUGCUGCGCGAUGGCUUCUUUAGAACCGACAUGUUUAUGAACCACGCACAAAUGACCGACGAACUCAUGCGCGGUAUCGCCUCAACUCCCAUGGAAACCCUCGACCAGUUCAUCACCGGCGAAGUGACCAACCACCUGUUCGAGGACCGUCGCAUCCCGUUCUCGGGCAUCGACCUGGUAGCCCUGAACGUGCAGAGGGCGAGAGACCACGGCAUACCCAGUUAUAACAACUACAGAGCGCUUUGUAACUUGAAGAGGGCGGCUACCUUUGAAGAUUUGUCGAGGGAGAUUCCUGAUGAAGUUAUUGCGAGAUUGAAGAGGAUAUACCCGACUGUGGACGACAUUGACCUGUUCCCUGGAGGAAUGAGCGAGAGGCCGCUACAGGGAGGUUUGGUAGGCCCCACCUUCGCCUGCAUCAUCGCCAUCCAGUUCAGGCAGCUGAGGAAAUGUGACAGAUUCUGGUACGAGAACGACAACAACGCGGCCCGUUUCACGGAGCAACAACUCUCCGAGAUCCGUAAAGUGACGCUCUCGAAGGUUCUAUGCGAGAACUUUGACCAGAACAGCGACAUCCAGCGGGCGGCCUUCGACCUACCCAGCAAUUUCUUGAACCCUCGCGUGCCUUGCGGGUCUCUGCCGAAGGUUGACCUUUCGGCGUGGAGAGAGAGCUCAGCCCAGGGUUGUCUCAUCGCCGGACGAAGUGCCUGUGGCGAUUCAGCCUUCCCUUCGCCUUGUACGUCGUGCAUCUGUACUUCUGAAGGGGCCCAAUGCGCGUCCCUCCGCAUCACGGACUGCGCGCAGCUGCUGCGCGAGUGGCCGCGCGAGGCCGUGGCGCGCGACGACGUGUGCGCGGCGCAGUGCGGCGCCUCCGCCCCGCCUCCGCCCCGCACGCGCGCGCGCGCGCGCAGGCCUCCGCUCAACUUCAAGUUCCCCGACCUAUCGCCGUUCGUCGCUAAGUGAGCAAGUGAUCGUUUGAUAGACGACCGUGGACUUAAAGUUGGAUCAACUUGAAAGACACGUUGUUUGGCAAAUUCAAAAUCGGAUUUAAUGACCUUCUUACGAUCUUGAAACGAAAGAAGUCUGUUUGUGGAUUGACGAAUCAAAAAGUUUCUCAAAAAGUCUACGCGAGAACAACCAAAUAAAAAUAAAAUUAUGACAUAAAAACAGUUAUGUAAAGAACAUUUCAAAGAAUUAUAUUUCACUAAGGGUCUCGACCGAUAUUUGAAGAACGAUCACUCAUUCUUAUUUUGGUUGUAGCUAAAGACAAAUACGAUAUGGUCCGUGUAGCAUAAAGGAACGAUCGGCAACAGAAAUAACUAAACGACAUACAUAGUCU